AUGAAGUUCGACGACAAAUAUCUCUGGCAAAAUCUGGUUCAAGCGCUGCCGCUUGAGUUAGGGCUUCAAAUCUUUGGGACCGCACUAGGAUAUGUCUUUGCUACUUCGGUGACUCCUAUUGGCCAUGUCUGGAUAACACAAAGUCACCUGUGGUCUAUGAUUGGCAUUCAAAUAUUCAAAACAACUUUUGUUAUGCUCGCAAGUGGCCGGGACUCGAAUCAUUUGGUAUACAAAACCGCCCCCAAAGAUCCUAACUGGAUAUUUGCUGGCCCAGAGUACCACGCCCUCCAUCAUGUUUACCCAGAUCGUUAUAUUGGUUCAUUCAUCAAACUAUUCGACUGGGUAUGGGGUACUGCGUACUCCUUUCGAGGGAAACGCUUCGUGAUCACGGGUGGAAGCGGAGCCUUUGGCCAAGCUAUUGUGGCAGAGCUUGAACAAGAAGGAGUACAGAGCAUCCGCUGUUUGAAGUUCGGUGUUGAUUGGGACCAUCAGCACUUUGAAAAGGCUACCGCAGCACUUUCUGCGUGUGACGUCCUCAUCCUAGCCCACGGCACCAAAGGCCAAGAUACAGUGGAAUCGAAUUGCAAUUCAGCAGUCCAACUGGUGCGACUAUUUAAACAGAACAGAUCUUUCAACGAAACCAAUCCGACACUCCCAGAAGUGUGGUACGUUGGUAGUGAACUUGAGUUACUUCCAUCCUUUGGAAAUGAACAGCUACAACGUUACUCCGAGUCAAAACGGCUCUUUCUCCCACAUGCUCGUUCUUUCUUUGACAACCCUGAUAUACUUUACCGCCAUAUUGUCCCGUCCUCUUUUCGGUUACCCAUGGGGCCAGUUAUACUCCCAGCAGGCUGGGCAGCUAGGUGUGCAAUGUGCUGGAUCCGGAGAGGUGCCCGAUAUAUCCCUGUUACUUAUACGGGAAUUGCAUAUUUGAACUACUUCAAGUUUAUGCAUUGGGUUCCCUACGCGCAGGAUACAGAUAAAGUGUGA